CUUGAGCUAACCGACGCAGUGGUUGUGACAGACGGUGUAUUUUGUGUACGUUUUAAGUUUUAACUCGAAAUUAAGUGUAUUUUUUAAUAUUGUGUUCUUGUUUUUUUUUUGUCUGAAAAAGAAAAUUGUUUCGUGUUUUUUAACAAAAGUAUUUAAUUUAUUACUACUACUAACUACUACUAUAAAACAAAAUGCCAGCUAACAAGCCCUACCAAAGACCAAAGGAUUUUGCUGAUCCUGGUAAACAAUCAAAAUGUACCUGGAAAUUGGGUACAACUGAAAAGGGUCCCCACACCAAGAGAUCAAUCAACCACCCCACCAAGCUGACCCCAGAUGUUUUGCACGCCAUUGGCUGUACUCCUUUGAUUAAAUUGAAUAGUAUUCCUAAAUCCGAGGGUAUUAAGUGUGAGAUGUAUGCUAAAUGUGAAUUCCUUAAUCCCGGCGGUUCCAUUAAAGAUCGUAUUGGUUUCCGCAUGGUAUUGGAUGCCGAAGAAAAGGGUCUCUUGAAGCCCGGCUGCACCAUUAUUGAACCUACUUCCGGUAAUACCGGUAUUGGUUUGGCCAUGGCUUGUGCCGUUAAAGGCUACAAUUGCUUAAUUGUUAUGCCCGAGAAAAUGUCAAACGAGAAAGUUUAUGCCCUACGCGCUUUGGGUGCUAAAAUUAUUCGUACCCCUACUGAGGCUGCUUAUGACUCACCUGAAGGUUUGAUUUGUGUGGCUCAACGUUUGCAAAAGGAAAUACCCAACUCGAUUGUGCUCAAUCAGUAUACCAAUCCUGGUAAUCCUUUGGCUCACUACGACGGCACAGCUGCUGAAAUUUUGUGGCAAACCGACAAUCAAGUUGAUAUGGUUGUAUGCACUGCUGGUACUGGUGGCACCAUUUCCGGUAUUGCUCGCAAAAUCAAAGAAGAAUUGCCCACAUGUCAGGUUGUAGGUGUCGAUCCCUUCGGCUCCGUCUUAGCCCGUCCUGAAUCCAUGAACACCCAGAAAGUGAGCUUCUUCGAAGUGGAGGGUAUUGGUUAUGACUUUGUACCCACUGUUUUGGAUCAUUCAGUUAUUGAUUACUGGACUAAGAUCACCGAUCAGGAUUGUUUCACCAUGGCCAGACGCUUGCAAGCCGAAGAAGCUUUAUUGUGUGGUGGCUCCAGUGGUGGUGCCAUGCGUGGCGCCUUAAAUGCCGCCAAGUCCUUGAAAGAAGGACAGAAGUGCGUUGUCAUCUUGCCCGAUGGCAUUCGUAAUUAUAUGACGAAAUUUGUCUCCGACAAUUGGAUGGAAGCACGUGACUUCAAAGAUGUUGUUAACGAGCACAAUCACUGGUGGUGGGAUGUUUCAGUAGCUGAUUUGAAAUUGCCAGCGCCCGUUACCAUCAAAUCGAAUACCACAUUCGGCGAGGCUAUUAAGAUCAUGAAAGAACACAAAUUACAACAAAUCGCUAUUUUGGAUGAAGAGGAUAGCUCUUUGGUGGGUACUGUGGGCGAAGAAACUUUGCUUACCCAAAUUGUCAGCAUGAACCGCAAGUUGGAUGAACCUGUUGUUAAGGCUGCUGCCAAGCGUGUGAUUCGCGUACCUUCUAAUGGUAUUUUAGGAAAAUUGAUUCGUGUCUUGGAAGUCGAUCCUUGUGUUGUUAUUGUCGAUGUUGAAAAUGGUAAGGAAGUUUUAAAGGCUGUAGCUACUAAAUCCGAUGUUAUGCCUUUCAUUGCUGCUGGCCCAUCUAAAGCAACCAAUGGCACUAAUGGUACCAAUGGCAACAGCCAUUAAAUUAUUUAUACAUAAAAUAUUUUACUUAUAAAAUAACUUGCAAUAUUUAACUAAAACUAUAAUUAAAAAUUAUAAUAAAUAAGUAAAUAAAUGACAAUUUUUAUUAAGUUAAA